AUGCUUAAGUACAUUGAUAGACAAGAUGUGCUGCCGUAUUUUGACACGAUACUGUACAACACUAAUAACGCCAACUGUUCAAUAGAGGAUUUAAGACGAGGUAACAUGCGUUCAUUAAGCCCUUAUUAAUCUUUCUAGUCCUCAUUGAUAAAGUUGAUGCCUUCCUUCAAUAUUCGACCGCGCUUACAGACGAUGAGGUGCACCCAGAAGAACCCUACGAAAUAAGCCAGUGUCAGCCGUUGGAAAACCUUCGAGUAACUAGGUACUUGAUUACUUAUGGAGUAAUUUGUAAAGUUACUUGUUUAAUUUUCUUACGGGCUUGGAUACCCGCCUAAUAUGUGCUUAUCGCUCUCCCCUUCACUGACACGGCGGAAAUUACUGAAAUGGCAUUUGCAUUAGGUACUAACCCCAGGCGGGAAUGCGUGUUGGUUGCCAUAAGUUUUCCUUCCGUAACCACAUUUAUAAAAUUUUACUCCCGCGGGUCCACCCAUUACUGUGUCGCCUUCAGAAACUCCAUUUGGAAAUUCUAUUCUGUCUCCCGGUUUUCUGCAAUUUAGCUGCUUUAUUACCCUUGAAUGCUUAAAUGGCACAGGUAAUUGUUCAAACCCCUUAUUUUCUCCAGAAGUUGUGUGUAUGUUUCUACCUCGAAAGUCCUGACGUUUAGAAUUUUUGUCACGUGAGUGGGCUUUGGCCUAAGGUCACGCUUCCAACGACACAUGGUAUUCGUGAAACGACCGCCGCGUGAGGGGACGGUUAGUGCGCUUUGUUCGAUAAUGGUCUCUUUGUGUGCUUCGUCAACGGAUAUGACCGUCACGGGGUGCAUAUUCUAAUCCUGGAAACUAAGAGGACGUCUUUGUAUUUUUUUCUCUGUCUCGAGGACAGUCAGUUGAGGGAUUCUCUGAAGUUCAAAAUCUGUUUUGGUUACGUUUUCACGCCGCCUGGGACUACUGAUUACCUACCACACAGUUAGAAUAAAAUUAUACUCAUGAACAAUUUGUAUGAAAGAAUAUAAAAUGAUCUCUUACGCCGACAAUUUGUUUUUGAAACAACGUGAGUAAGCUCUCCAGACCGGGCGACCAAAGACUAAAGAGGCGGAAUCAAUUUUGAAUUUUCGCUUGUAAAUAGGGGGACCAACAGUCGCUUUGACCGCAUAUUUAAAUCGAGAUAUUUCCGCCUCUUGAUCGUUUUCCCGUCGUAAAGAUCGGGGAUUACUACGGUUCUGAAGGCGCAACGGUGACCUGCCUCUUAGUUAUAGUAACGCUUAGGGGGCGUCAGCUUCGCUCUUCCCGCUCACCCCGUUUCAAUGGACAGACAGAGUGAAAAUGACUGGGCAUGAGUAUUGGUGCAGUUAUCAACAAGAAUGAACCUAUGUUUUCGCUGAACACGCGGUGGUCCCUACACAGAAGCAACCUCUAUCUCCGUCCUGUAGGCUAAAGCGCGCUGAAUCGUUGAGUCAAGGUGUCGCAUUUAUUUAAUGUAUCCUCAUUAUAAACGACCCUGACAAGAUUAAUCACAUGGUUGAUGUACUGGUGGUGAGUAGUGUUUUACUGGCUGUUUUUGCCUGUGUACAUUUAUCGCAGUAGACCCGAACAACGCCUAUGAUUCACGUUCACCCACAUUCAUUUAUACAGGCGUUUUCAAUGCCUUUCGUUGCAUACUUGUUGCCUCCACUACCACUUGCUGCGUUUUAGGUCACGCGCGAAACGCAGAGCCUCAACUGACCCAUCGAAAUGUGUAACCGUCGUCAAGCGUAUGCGUCACAGUUCAUCAUGUGGAGGCUUGUCGGCUUCUGGGUCUCCCCAACGGUGCACUGCUGGCGAAGUUCGCAGUCUCGCCGCCAACUGCUGCGGCCAGGUCCGCUCGGCCAUAAUGGCAGGCGCUCUUAGCGGCCCCGCUAUCCACACACUUUUGUCGGCUUCUUUAAUCAGUAUGCUGGCCGUGCUCCGCAUGAUUCUCACGCAAACUCUGACUACAGGCAACAAUGGCAGUUCCAGUAGCAACGCCAUCUCUGGUCUCAACACCUCCGCAGGCACAAACUCGCCUACGAGCGGUAGCUUCACUCUCACCACCUCACCUCAUCCACAUGGACUUUCUCCUGUGCGUCUCCUCUUAGCCAUGCCAUAUUUGAUUGCGCUGGCAAGGAUCCACCUUCUACAGGGUCUUGUAUUUGGGCCAAGCGGACCGUUAGGUCCUCCUGGUAUCCCUCCUCGAGGCAUCACUCAGCCCAUGGGACCAUUCAGUAGAGGUGCGGGUAAUUUUGCUACCACUGCUGGUGGAGCGGGCGGAAUAAUUAUGACUGGGGAUACACACCACGCCUCGUUUUCUGCAAGACAGGUUCACGCGCAGCAAACGUCUGUGCUCCUACAAAGACAUGUCGUCCUGCUGUCAGGCGGCGUUGGAAUCACAGCAUCAGCAAAGGACUCCUGCAUCUUCUAUUACUGCCGUAUUCGCCUACGUAUUCGUAUCGACAUGGGACCGUCAACUGAGAUGCUGGUAAGCCUCGAAAUCGUUUCAGUCUUUAUCAUUGCAUUUUCUUAUUCUGUUUGCGGAAUCAUCACCCCACUGUUCCGUUAUUAGACUAAAUGAUUAUUCGUCAACGCCGUGGGCGGGCUUUCCAGAUCUUUGUCUUCGUGCUCGAGUGUCUUUGCUGACGAUGUCCACCAUGUGCUCCACAGCACUUUGAGAGCUGGGACGGUGACUUGCACGUGAAUUAGUUUUCUGUAACAGUAGACUUGCGCUGCAUCUACUACACUCUCUCCUCUUCCACCUCGACAAGGUGGGCCAAACCAAGUAGACCGGAAAUGAAAGAGGGCACCUACGCGUACUGUUACUGACUUAUACUUUAUCUUGGAUAAAUGGAAUUUCUGCCGACUUUGUCACACGGCUGCAGAUACUAAUUGCGAUUAUGGCGAAUCAUCUCCAACUGCCCAGAAACGCCUUCGACGCGGGCACUCUGGACUUCUUAUCAGGCCUUUUUUGAUUUUGUCCUGGGUUGUUGGAAAAAUGGCUGGAUUUGAGUAGGAUCGAGCAUUGGUUUCAACGAAACUGCAAAUCCUUGCGCAGAUUGUUUUGGGGUUACUAGAAUUGAGUACCGUCUGGAGAAGGUUACAUUCAAUCCAGAUUUCAGGUUAAUGGACCGUAUUUCCAACCUAGUCGUUCAAAGUUGCCUAUUCCAACGGCACAGAUUUGCUUGCCCACAAUACUCGGUGACAGGGGAUCUCUCGCAAACAGCUGGAUUUUCCCACCAACCAACCCCAAACUCUCAUGGUGGACAUCGCAUUUAUUUGAAAUUCCUUGCAGUUUCCGCUAAGGGUGCCCGAUGUCACUCGCUUUUGGCCUGUUACUCCGGGGUGUGCUUGUUGUGCUCUCAGAACUUCCCGCCUGCUCUUGCGCUCCUUCUAACGGUGUCAGCUUGCCCUGUUUAAAACUGGCAGAUGACAGCGUCGUCCUCGGAAAUGACGCUGAAACUAUUACUAACACCUAGGCAAGACGCUUCGCCUAGCGAGUCUUAGGAUGAUUUCGUGGAAUUGGGCGUGUUCGAGAACACGUCUGCCUCUUGCUGACGACCUCAUAUUGGGAUUAAGCGAGUUCUUCCCCCUCGAAACCGAUGAGUGAGGGACUUGGAAAUAAGAAAUGUUCCUUAGGUUUCCAUUAAUAUCUGUCCCCGUGGCCUCUACUUUCUGUCUCGUCGACUGUUUAUAGCGGAGUUCACAACCCGAAUAUUAGCCAGUAUUGCUUUAUUUAUCGGAUUUUUGGUUUUCGCGAGCUAAGUUGUGCGUUAGCGCAAAUUUCAAUUACCAGCAACUGCGUCUGCAAACUGCCGUGAUCGUACCAGCACCUGUGUAGCACGCCACUUCGUAUUUGGCAGGCGACUGAACAAGUUUUAAGGCGAGGCUUGAUAGUUAUUCCUUUGAGACCAAACGAACCGAUGGAUGUGCAGAGGACGUAAACGUUUACUUUGCCCUUUAUCAGCUCAACGGCGAAGUCCAGCUGCAGAUAAUUUUUCUGACCGCAAAUGAAAGACGAAGUUUGAUAACCAUAUAGUUACAACAAUUGACUAACAUGACGCCCUUGUACGGCCUCUAUCUCCCGAAUGGGCGACUACGAGCCACCUGACCCUACGUCAGGCCAUUGAGUGAUUGGUGGGACAUUUGCCCACUUACCGUAUCUGCGCGUAAGUGUUAAAGCAGAUUGUAAAUCUGUCUCUCACUGACCGCAUCCUCGAAGCAAACUAUCGCGCCGAUCCUUUUUUCGUCUCUCGCGUAGAAUAAGGUGGUAUGCCAAUAAAGCAGGUUUCACAAAUCACAAGUCAUGUACUGUCUAGUAGAAUUUAAUAUAACUGGCCACCUGACUAAACCAGCCGAGAAUUCUCUCAUCCUUAUUCACUAUCCCCGUUAGACGUGUCAUUAUGCCGAAGUCAACGGUGUGCCCCCGCUUAUACCCUCUUAUCCCUUGCGCAGACAGUCCACAAAUUUACUUAGUUCAUGCAGUUAAAUGAUUGUCAAAGGUGUCGACUUCGGUGACAGCGCCAGCCUCCGUGGGUCAUUAUCCCGCCUAAGUCGAUGAUGACGAUGCAUUCUUUUUUUCCCAGAAUCUGAUACAGGUCGAUCGUCAGGAUCCUUACGAACGCCAGUUGGAUCUGUUUGCUCAGGCCUCCAACCUUCUUCGCAAUCACUCUCCGGGCGAGCUUUUCUGCAAUAUGUGGUUUAACCAGUUGCAUCAUUUGGAGGCAUUCUGGAGUGAUUAUUUAUCAGGAUUUCUGAAACAGGUUCGUGUCCGCAACCCCGCUUGCAAGCAUUUGUCUCAUGCGCCCCUGGCUUAUAAACCCCUUUACUCGUGAGAAUUAUUUUGCCAUAUAUCUGCUUCGCCUUAGUGCUAUAGCAUUCAAAUGAUUAUCACCAUUUAUAGCAACAUAGAAGACUCAGUCCACAACUGGCUGUCCAAUUAUAGAAGUGUAUGCGUUGUCCAGUAUUUAUAGACCAUUUUAUAUGCAGAGGUGAUGAUUCCUCUAAUACAUCAUUGUGUCAUCCAAAAUUUUCAAGACAGGAAUAUGUUAAUCAGCAUCUCAGUUUGUCAUAAUUUCACAUACUUUCUCUCUCGUAAGUUUUUGUAAGAAAUCAUGUCUGUCCUAUUUUACUGGGCAACUAUCAGAGGGUGGGUUCUUCAUUGGCACAACUACUGGCUACGCACGAUAGCAGGCUCUCGGGCCUGACAAAUAAGCAGUCGAGGACUGCCUGUGACAAUGUUACAAGGGCGCGAGAGGACUGAUGUCUGACCCUCCGACUCUGAUAUGAGGUAUCGCAAACCCCGGUGGUGGCACUAUGAUAUGGCGACCGUGAACCACCAAUAAACAAAUUUCUUUGUUAUCUCUUAAGCCAAAGCCCUAGAGAAGGAAACCUCAAUCAGGUGGUUUCGGCGGCUGCCGCGACCUUUCCUCUACACAGAAACUUCAUAGCAUCAACAAUUCAUCCUGUGGCAUCUACAGGGACCCACAUACUCCGCAACCCUGACCUUAUUGCGAGUCAAACUAGGUGCGAACCGUUUUUGAUCUUAGCGCCAAACAUCUGACGACACAUAGCCUUCGUCAUCACGGCGCGAAUACGCGUUGCUGAUCUGAAGUUCAAAGCCCCGAUUCUGGUUCUGGGAAAGUCAAGAUGCCGUGGGGCCAACUCCUAAGCCACCUUCUACCAUAGCGUCCAAGCCGACCCCUCCCACAUGAUGACGACUAUGGCAACAGGCGAGCUGUGAAUUGAUUGCGUGGGAACCAGCCCAUGACCGGCUGGCUUUCUUAUGACUGAUGAGGCACUUUACUAACAUCCCUGUCAUUUACGUAAAUGCACUAAUACCAGCAUCUGAGCAAAGCUGCAAAGACUGGUUAGAAUAUUCCAUCAUCCUAAUCUGCUGAUGGCUGUCGGGGUCUGGACUGCUCGGAAUGGGCUAGGCGACUCCCUAUUAGCCGCUCUAGACUGAGCAUUUGCUACGACUAUGAUGAGGAGAUGCUGAACCCCGCUAAGCAGGACUGACUGUUUAUCACCGACACGUGCUUCGCGCAUCGCCGAAAACAGCUCCUGACUUGGUAUUCAAACCGUGAUCAGGUGGCCAGCCUGACUGACUACCUUCGUAGCAGAUGGAUGGUGUCGAAACUGGCCAGGUCUGUAGGUCAGACCAUGUUCUCUUUCGCACGCCUGAAAGUCCUCCGUAUCUUGGCGGGAAAAUAGCUUUGUAAGACAGCCUGAUGUCGCGAUAUUGCGAUAACCGAGUAAGACCGCGGCCCUGAGCACAGAAGCUCGGUCUCGUCCUAGAUCUUGAGUCGAAGGAGAACGUAGUGAUAAAUGGUCAUCAUCGAAAGUCCUUGUCUGAAAGGUAGCCGAGGGAAUUCCCGGAUUUACCCAGCGGCACAGGGACCUUACAGUUGCAUGUCCAGACAGCUUGAUCCAUUCCGUCACUUCUGAAGGUAGGUGGUAAAGUAGGUUAGGGAUGAUUUCGAAAAUGAGUAGGUUGAGUUGGCGACCACCACGAAGUAGACCUCAAACUUAGGUGAAACUCAAAAACCAUCAAGUUAUUGGCUAUGCUGGUGGUCGGUCCCCUGCAACGAACGAUUGUUCUUCAAGGCAAUGACGGUGUUGUCGCCAAAAAUUGGGCCAAAGUUGUAAGAUGGCGUGAGUAUUUCCACUGUCUUCACUCGCUUCGAUGACCAGUUAUCAAUGCCCUUUCUUCUCGGCAUCGGAAAUUUCCUCAUCUCUAGCUUAUGCAGUGGCGUGUGGCCAUCUCUCCGAGGAAUAAAAUGAUAAAAUGUUGAACCUGUGCGGCAAUAGAACUUCCGGUGGAGACGGUAUUUCCUGUCGAAUCCUAAAGUCCUCGGUGCACACUCCUCUUCCCUGGCUCCCCGAGCAGGCAUUAAAAGAUGAAAAUAUUGCUGAUGAUUGUCCCUCGGUCGUUCUUGUGCCGGUCCUCAUGCCGAGGGGUAAGAAGUGUGAGGACAGCCACGGCGUAAGUUUCAUCAACAGUGCCGCAAGGCUGCCUGCAUUUCGUUCUCAGGCGAUUUCCGAGUGUAUAUAAGUCUGAAACGAGGUUUAACCAAGCUUGGUUCCCGGCUGGACGCAGAUGUAUGAAACCAAAUAUUCACACUUCGACGCAUUCGUAGACUAUGCCGCAACUAUUAGCAACCGACAGUCCUCGGCUUUUUUGACAGCACUGCAGUGUUCGGUUCCAUUCAUCUUGAUCGUCGUUGUAUAUGAUGGACCCAAAAAGUAUGUUGACCGGGAUCAUCGUUGUGAUGAAACCCUGUUGUUACAUCACUAUACGAGUUGUGGCCUACAGCAAUAAGUGCCUUCCGCUCGAUAUUCAGUCUGAUAUUACAUUGUGUCGCCCCCUGCCUCGCCUAAUUACGCCGCUGAGUGGAUUCUCGAGUAGACCCUGCACAGUUUUGACGGCACCGGUUGGUUGAAUUCGUCUUCGCCGACGGUAUCGCCUAGUUAGCGUCAAGCUAUGAUGACCUGCAUGUCGUGAGUGAGUGGGGUCGUCAAGUCAGGCAGUUUAUGAACGGUGGAAUGGCUAACGUGUCUUUGAUCUGCAUUCCUGAUGUGGUUUGGGGGCACUCUUCGUUGUUGCCUUCAUGCGCCAAGUGUUACCGUCCUCAAUCCGGCGUCGUUGUGCACCUGGAUUCCUGGAAGACAAAGUCAAUUCAAAACAUAUCUUGGCUCAUUCCAUCAAGGCAUACUAGUGGUUCCUUAACUUUCGCUGUUCGAUUUUCGUCGCUGGAGUAGAGUAUGUUUCGAGUUCUCCAGACUGGUUUCCGCAAGUCGUCAGACGUGAAGAGGUACUAUUCGCAGUAUCAUAGAGGCCGGCUGGGUCAUACAUGAUCACUGCUGUACCAAGUACAGGUAGCUUCGAAUAAGUGCGCAAUUGACCAAAUAUAUUCCCUUGUGAUUUACUACAAGUCAGCUCCUAUUGUUUCCUUCAAAACGGGCUCGGAUGGCAUUUGGUCGGCCAAGUAGUCGUAGUCCGGGCAUCGGCCCACAUUUUUGUCCCUACCCUAUUUCCACAAUCCUCUUUUAGAUGCUAAUGGACAAUUUGUUGAGCUCCUCAUCACACAGCUUGGUCGGACGCUACGAGACGGCCGUUCACUAUGCAGACGCCAGCACGCAGACAGGGCAGGCCUCAGGCGGCCCUGCCGACCGCUCUCGCACCGGCAGUCGUUUGUCCGACUCGAGGGAGUAUCUGCCACCGACUGAGGCCCUUGCAGCCGCUUUGCGCGCCCUUCGUACCCGCCUGAAUGCCUCUGGCGGCUAUGCCGCAGGCCGAGCCAAUCUUGCUGGAUGGCCGGCCCCGCCGAACUUUGAUCUCCACCUUUUCAUCUCGCGUCGAGAAUACGAAAACGGUCGCUCUCUACUCAUGCGAAACCUGCGCACCAUCCCGAGCCUCUCACGACUGAUAGCCGUCUCAAACUUUUUGCCGGCCAUUGCCGCCUCACAAUCCUCGGCCACGCCACCGGGUCAACCUCGCUGUUCACAAAUGCCUGGCUUCACUGCAAGCACAAGUGGACCGCCUUAUUUCCACUUUUCGAAUAUACGAUGA